UGGUUGCCGCCCGGUGGCGCGCUGACACGAGGUACGGGCGGCGUCGGUGUACGUGUCGAGCCGCGACGGGCCCGCGGCUCCCGACUGGUUCGGUGCAACGGAGCCAUAUUUCUCGGGCCAAUGCCUUCGGCACCUCCCACUCUUCCCCUGCCAGCCUGCCUGCGUCUCCGGCCGGAUCUCCCUCGCCACGGUUCCCGCAGGUGCCGGCGAAACCACCAAAAAUACCAGCGCAGAUCACUCGCCCGCCUGCUCAGCUGCUCUGCUCCUCCCAACCGACACCGCAACAAACCCCGGCUCCCCUCGUCGCUGUCCGUUCCUUCACACUAGAAGCUCUGCCUAACAGCUGGGAUCCAUCGAGCCAUCGGGUAAGAGGUGUGAUGAGGCCCAUGGAGAGGACGGACUCGUCGUCUGGCUCGGCGCCACCGCAGCAGCAGCAGCAGCCGGGCUCAGCACCGCACCUCCCGCCGGGGUUCAGGUUCCACCCGACGGACGAGGAGCUGGUCGUCCACUACCUCAAGAAGAAGGCAGCCUCCAUACCCCUCCCCGUCACCAUCAUCGCCGAGGUCGACCUCUACAAGUUCGAUCCUUGGGAACUCCCUGAGAAGGCGAGCUUCGGGGAGAAGGAGUGGUACUUCUUCAGCCCGAGGGAUCGCAAGUACCCGAACGGUGCGCGGCCGAACCGGGCGGCAACAUCCGGGUACUGGAAGGCGACCGGCACCGACAAACCCAUCCUGUCGUCGGGCGGCAGCCGCGAGAAGGUCGGGGUAAAGAAGGCGCUCGUGUUCUACCGCGGGAAGCCGCCCAAGGGCCUCAAAACCAACUGGAUCAUGCACGAGUAUCGCCUCACGGACGCUUCAAGCUCCACCAGCAGCAGCCGGCCGCCGCCUGUCACCGGCGGAGGCAAGGCCACCUCUCUCAGGCUGGACGACUGGGUGUUAUGCCGCAUCUACAAGAAGAGCAACAAACUUGGAGUUGGCGAUCAGCAGAGGAGCUUGGAGUGCGAGGACUCUGUGGAGGACGUGGUGGCCGCGUACGCGCCGCACGCAGCGGCUGCCAUGGCCGUCGCAGGUGGAGGAGGGGCGCACGGCGGAAACUACACUUCGCUGCUCCAUCACGACGGCCACGAGGACAACUUCCUGGUGGACGGGCUGCUCGCUGCAGAGGACGCCGGCCUCUCGGUGGGCGCCAGCUCCCUGAGCCAGCUAAACGCGGCGGCAAGGGCGACGCCUGCUGCCACCAAGUCGCUCCUCGUUCCCUCCUCCACUCCAUUCAACUGGCUCGACGCGUCAGCAAUUGCAAUUCUUCCACCUGCCAAGAGGUUUCAUGGGUAUAGCAGAGACAAUCCUGACGGCAGUAUGUCUCUGUCCUCGCCGGCGGAGAGGAACCAACUGCUUGCUGCUGGCGCCGGUGCCGUCGACAAUGGAGCCAGCAGUGGCGCUAAUGCCAUACCUACGUUCCUGAAUCCGCUCGGCGUCCAAGGUGCGACUUACCAUCACCAUGCCAUCCUCGGCACAUCGCUGACGCCGGAAGCAGCCGCCGCAGCCGCUACCUGCACUUUCCAGAAUCCGUACCAGCUCCCCGGCGUGAACUGGAACCCGUGAAUCAGUGAUAUCGACAUUGCAUAUGGGAAUGCAUGUGGAUCGAUGCAUGGCUUUUCAGGUGGUCAACACUACUAGCAGUUGUUAUAGUGGUAGUCUCAUUCAGUGAGCACCGAGUAGUUGCAUGCACAAGAUACCUGCAUGCAUGUAUGGCUGCAUUGCCCUCAGAAGCACGUACUGGUACGGACUAGCAAAGCAACCUAGCUAGCUAGGCCAUACUUGAAACAAAAAAAAAUCUAGCCAGUAGCCCAAUACAUAGAUAUAGUAAUCUUGCACCUAUAGUUUUUUAGACCGGCUCUUGAACUUAUAGUUUGGACCCUGCAUAUAAUAUUGUUGCGUGCAUGCACUUCAUGACAUCCUAGUCAGACAAUUAACUGUUUUACUACUCAUUAAUUAAGAAGAAGAAACUAAGGCAUGCUAAUCGCAUGCAGACAUAUGCUUGAUUCAUAUGCAUGUAGAUUGUUCAUACUAGCUAGCAGAUACAUACAUAAUUUCCUAAUUGGGCCGCAGUUGUGUAAUAUAAAACCACAUUGCAAUAGGUUAAUUGCUAGAUAAACCAUUGUCCAUCAUUGCCACCCACCACCUAGGCAGGCACCUACACAUGGGCGAAGGGGGUGUGGAUGCACCCAGCCUCAAAGAAAAUUUUACUGUUGUUCAUCCUAUACUCAUUACAUAUGCACUCCCUUGGUUUAUUCCAAUGUAUAUAUAUGGUCAGAAAGCUAAGCCUGA